ACAUCGGGGAACAGAAGCAGGAUUGAUGCUGAACUGAGAAUUGUGCAACAGCCUGGUGUUUUUUGCUGUCGGGUACAAAGUCAACAUAGUCUCCAGAAGAGCCAAGGCCCAAGAAGGGAGCAGAACAACCAUGGAACUGGCGCUGCCAUCAAAGCCUUCGUGUGUGGCUCUCUCAGUGGAACCUGCUCCACGCUCCUCUUCCAGCCGCUAGACCUGGUCAAGACACGGCUGCAAACCUUGCAGAGCACGGUGCAGCCAGGCUCGGGCCGCAUCGGGAUGGUGACGGUGCUCCUGAAUGUGGUACGGACAGAGAGGCUGCUGGGACUGUGGAAAGGCGCUUCCCCGUCCUUCAUGAGGACCAUCCCGGGUGUGGGCCUCUACUUCAGUACCUACCACUCCUUUAAGCAGCACGUCUUCCAGGAGAAGAGCCCGGGAGCGUUGGGGGCCGCGCUGCUGGGAGGCGGAGCCAGGGCGGUGGCGGGGGUCGUCAUGCUGCCCGUUACCGUCAUCAAGGCCCGAUAUGAGUGCGGCAGGUACGGCUAUCGCAGCGUAACCCAGGCCCUACGCCGCGUGUGUCGCACGGAAGGUCCCACGGCGCUGUACUCUGGCAUGAUGGCCACUCUGCUCCGAGACGUUCCUUUCUCUGGAAUCUACGUCAUGUUCUACGGCCAGCUGAAGACCUCUUGGCCAAGGGAGAUCAGCGUGUCCGCUCCCCUGGCGAACUUCUGCUGCGGGACGCUGGCGGGCGUGUUGGCCUCGCUCAUCACUCAGCCCGCCGACGUGGUCAAAACACUGGUCCAGGUCAACCCUCAGCUGAGGACGGCUGACGCUGUCCGAUACAUCUACGUGGAACACGGCCUGAAGGGUUUCCUACGAGGGGCGGUGCCACGCUGUCUGAGGAGGACACUGAUAGCCGCCAUGGCGUGGACCAUCUAUGAGCAAAUGAUGCUGUAUGUCGGACUGAAGUCUUGACGAGAAAGCCGAGGAGAAGAUAUGAGAAGAACUAAGGUCAAAUGACCUCAAUGGAGGUCAAAUGUGACGGCGACGUGUCCUGUGGAGCCAUCAGAGACGCAUGGAAGAGACGCAGACGAGCAGGAAGGCGAGGCGGUGUACGGGUCGUCUACGUGGCACAGUGGCGGACGCUGUACUCCAUCAGAUGAACGGCACUUUUUACUGAGCUUUUAGCUGGCACACGUGGGGGUUGAUGACCAUGGCAGUACUUCCAUGUCAUCAUGGUCCAUCAACAUGGAGGCCUUCAAACAAUGUUUAUGGCCAACCACGCAUGUAUUUCUCUGUUUUAGGACUAGAAAGCAAAUCUUCAACGUUGAAAGCGAGGCGUGCUUCUUACCCCGCUCCUAAAUUCUGUCAAUCAUUCAACAGAAGGCGUUGCCUCCACCUUUGAGACCUGAAUCCCGACCCCUCAUAUGCUGCUGUGCGGUUAUGACGGUUAUGUCAUUCUGGACCUGAGAUCACCAUGACAGUCUUAGUCUUAAUGUCGUCCUAUUAAUCAACACACAAGCCAAAAUACCCUGCUACGUAUGAACCAUCUAACGCGUCAACUUAUGUUUACCUUCUCAUCAAACGAGCCAAGCAAGACUACCCCAAUCCUGGUGAGGUAUUGAAUUCUAGCCAGCCAAAAGGUUGCAUCAGCUGCUGACAGAUAAGCAGCAGGGGGGCUGACGUCAUCAAACAGGACACUUGGACUCUGGCUAGUCCUGAUAUUGCAGUCUGGUUCAAAUGUGCCCUGGUCAUUGAGCCAGGUAGAGCCUGUGGCUUUUACUAAUAUUUGAACAUAACUUCUUUGAAAUGUCAUUUCCUGGGUACACGACUUCCCUGGCAGUGACCCCACUCCACCCACGGGUGUCGUGUACAUUUUAAGGUCACGUUGACUGGAACCCUUUAUCUUCAGCAAAUAAACUUGCGCCACGGGUCAGUGGACGUGUCAGCAUUGUCUUAAUAUGGUCUUUCCAUCGUGUCUGUCUUAUUAUGGGAUGCCUAUCCGACGUCAGAGCAGCGUGGUUAGUAAAUGUCGCC